AAAAAAUAAGUGAGGUUGUUGAUCUGCACAGAUGUAGCUGCCAGAGGAAUUGACGUCCACGGAGUUCCGUAUGUGAUUAACGUCACCCUGCCAGAUGAGAAGCAGAAUUACGUCCAUUGUAUCGGCUGAGUCGGAAGAGCCGAGAGAAUGGGACUGGCCAUUUCCUUGGUUGCUAUGGAAAAGGAGAAGGUGUGGUACCACGUUUGUGCGAACAGAGGCAGAGGCUGCUACAACACGCGACUGAAGGAGGACGGAGGUUGCACCAUCUGGUACAAAGAGAAAGAGCUCCUGUCAGAUAUUGAGGAGCAUCUGAAGUGCACCGUCACACAGUGCGAGCCAGACAUCAAAGUACCUUUGGAUGACUUUGAUGGAAAGGUCACCUAUGGUCAGCGUAUGGCUUUGGGACGUGGUAACUACAAGGGUCACGUGGAUGCUCUGGCACCAACGGUCCUGGAACUGGCUAACCUCGAGAGGGAAGCCCAAUCUUCCUUCCUCCACCUGGGAUACAUGCCAAACCAGGGGUGUUUCUCAAUGUCGAGGACGCUUCCUUGGUAGCACCUGUCUUCCGAGUCACUUCCUUCAGAAGCUAGGCAAGAAUCCUUCCUGGCAUUCGGAAAACGAAGAGUGGAACAGGCGAGCAAGUGUGCAGGUGUGCGUCAUAUGAGAGGCACCGCCUUACAUUGUGGGGAUUUUAAGACCGCGGAGGAUACACAUGGGCAGCCUCGAAAUUUCUCGCUACAAAGGACGCCGGGCUCGGUAGAAUUCCAACGAGCCUGCCUGGACAUUGGAACAGUCCUUCGGCGGGACUCGAUGACGUAGCAUCCUUGAAAUAGUGGCUCUGGAGCAUCCUUCCUUGACAUUGAGAAACACCACAGCUUUUCCGAGCCUUCUGAACACGCCCCAACUAGCACUAAAACUGUACAGAUUAAAGAAAUGCUCCAACAGGAAACAGAAUAUUUAUGAUACAACGCAGUAGUGUGCAGUUAUUUCUCAAGUUUUUUUCUCACCCAGAAUUAUGAACAUAACAUAAUAAAAAUAAAAAAAAUUCUACUAUUUCACUCGGUAUGCCAAACUUGUCUCUGGCAUCUGAUACAUACACUAAUGAAAAAUACUUUCUUGGAUUGUGUUUUAUUUUCUGAUUGAUGUGGUUGAAUUAAAUAUUUUUUCUUUGGAGUAAUUGGCUAGAAAGUCAAUGUAUUGAAGUGUCUGGGUGUAUUUUUUGUUAAAUAAACUAAUAGCCUGCUCAGUUUGAGUUCAAAAGUAGGCAAGUAUCUCCAACAAUUAUGAAUGUCUCCUGUUUAUUUCAUUUAUUGAGUCUGUUAAUAAUUUCUGAUCAAUUCAUGAGAAUAAAUAAUCUUCACAGAGCAAUGUU